AUGGGCGAUUUGGACUAUUCCAACGAUGUUUCUCUCGAGGCCGCUGAUGGAAUUGGUCUGAAACGGGGGAAUUAUAAUAUUUAUGAGAAUUUCUUGUAGAUAUAAGCGUUGGCUCGCUGGAGAACAAAAAAUCGAGCGAUGACGACUUAGAUUUGGACUACGAGGACGGGAUUUUCGACGACGAAAAUGAGGUAAAAUUGGGUUUUAAAUUGAAAUGAAGAUGUUUUUUUAGAAGUCGGAUGAAGGAGAAAUCAGCGAGGAAGAUGAAGAUGACGAUAAAGAAACGAAGCAAGAAAAUGACGAGGAGAAAGAGGAAGGAGAGCUGGAGGACGGAGAGUUGGAAGACAGCGACGAGGGCGAGGUCAGAAAUCCCAGUGUGAAAUGUUAUUUUUUUCAGGAUUUGUUGAUCUUAACGGUCAUUUAAAAAUUUACUAUAGAGUUUUUAAAAAUGUUUGAUAUAUUAAGUUGAAAUUGAAACAAGAAACAAAAAUGAAACUGUGAAAUAUUUUUUUUUAAGAUUUUCUUAAAAAUAAUUUUUAGAAUGUUUUUUUCUUCCAGGGGCGGAAAAAAAGUACAUAUAAAAAGAAAGGAAUUCAUGAAAAAAUUUGCCCGAAUUAAUAGAAAAUUUUUUAGAUUUUAGAUACGGAUUCCGGCUCCUUUUUGAGUGAAAGAACCUUUUGGAAGUGUCUUUUUUUGAUUUUUUUAUAAUACUUCUUAGUACCCUUGCUCACUUUUUAAACCGGUUUCAAACAUCUCUUUUUGCAAGUUUCUGAAGAACCAUAUUUAAAUAAAAAAUGGGAGUGCUUGAGUUAUUGAUUUUUAACUUUAGCGUAACGAUGAAAGUGGGAAAAAAAGCAUAAUUUUUUUCAGCUUAUAUGACCAAAAAAAGCAAAAAAAUGAGUGGAAACACCUCCCGCCUGUUUAAAAAAAUUAUAAACCGAGGAAAUAGAGUUGAAACGAACGAAAAAAAGAGAAGGAACAAUGAAAAAUUAAGGACAAAAAUUAGAAGAGAGAAAUAUUUUUUUCUGUAUGUGAUCCAUAUUUGAUCUCAUUUCGAGGUCAAAAGUUCCAUAUAAAAACUUUUUCAUGCAAAUUGCGUUUUUUAACAAAAAGUAAGUUUUCUGGUUAUAUUUUAGUUCAAAGUGAGAUUUUUUAUGAUGUUCAUACUUUAAAUUUAAUUCUAUAGAAUGGCUCAAACAAUGCAUAAUUCGUUUUCGAUUUAUUUUUUUUCUUUGCCUUCGAUUCUCAUAUUAAAAAAAUUCUUUAUAAAUUUCAAAAAUUUUGGGAAUUGAUUUUAGUGGAAUUGGUAACGUAAGUAAUGUAAAUUCGCAAUUAUAGACCAUUCCGCGCCAGCUUGUCACGUUUUCCUUUCCGCCAAAAGACCAGGCCAAAUUCAACCAACUUUCCCUUCAAGACCUUUGUUUCUUGCCGUUAUAAAAGCAGAAAUUUGAUCUAAUUUGGUAUACGGUCUUUUUGGCGGAAAGAAAAACGUGACAAGCUGGCGCGGAAUAGGCUAUAUGGAAAUAUUAUUCGAAAAUUUCUCUCUUCAUUUCGAUUUCAAAGCGGCCUUGCCUUCAUUCCUCAUAUUCAAAACGAUAUAUAUUUUUUUUCUUGUUCCCGAUUCAAAGUAUUUCAGGCCAGCGACUCCUCGUUGCCCCCAAAAAGGGACAAAAUUCGAAGUCCAGCCAGAGAAAGAGAAAGAGUCACCGCGCCAGAUUCGGAUCGAAUGCCUCCCAGAAGAAAGCCAAUUGAGGUGGGAAGAAGAAAAAUAGUUCAUAUAGACUAUUCCUGAUUCACAUUUCUCAUAAAAAUCAGUUUUUUCAUUGUUUUAUACUUCCACUCAUGCAUAAAAAAUUGAAUUUUUCCUGAUUUCUAAAUUCAAAUUUUCCUUGAAAAUCAGCUUUUCAUUGUUUCCUAGUUCUUGAUUCUCAUAAAAAAAUUACUGUUUUUCGUGGUUCAAAUUUUUUUCUUAAAAACAGAUUUCCUAUAACUUUGUAGUUUAAAUUUUUCCAUAAAAAAAUCAACUUUUUAUAACCUUCUUAUUCAAAUUUUUUUAUAAAAAAAUCAACUCUUUUUAAAAGUUUCAUAGUUCGAACUUAAUAUGAAAAAUCAGUUUUUUUGUGAUUACGUAGUUCAAAUUUUUCAUAAAAAAAUCGACUUUUUUUCACAAUUUUUGUAGUUCAACAUUUCCUUAAAAAAAUCUUUCCAUAGUUUCCUAGUUCAAAUUUCCCCAAUAAUCAGUUUUUUUGUGGUUUCGCAAACUAAAUUUUUUUCAUAAAAAAAUCAAUUUUUUUAUAACUUUCAUAGUACAAAUUUUUUUCAUUAAAGUCGAUUUUUUUUCCACAGUUUUAUAGUUCAAAUUUCAUGAAGAUCAAUUUUUUUCGUGGCCUCUCCCUAGCUUGAAUUUUUUUCAGAAAAAGUCAGUUUUUUUCGUGGUUUCAAAAUUCAAAAAUUUUUCAUAAAAAAAUCAAUUUUUUUAUUACUUUUUCUUGUUCAAAUUUUCUAUAAAAUUCGAGUUUUUUUAUAAUUUCGUAGUUCUUACUUUCCAUAAAAAAAUCCUCGUUUCCAUAUUCCAAUUUCAACUUUCCCAUUAAAAAUCAACCUUUUUUUAUUUUUUUAUUCUCAUUUUUCAAAGUUCAAAAAAACUUUCUAGAAGUGUAUCAAUAGGCUUCACAGAAAAAAAGAAAAAAAUUUUUUUAUCGCUUUUUAUUUGAAAAAAAGCUUAAUCUUCCUAAUUAGGAAUUUAGAACGAAAAAAAUUUGAUUCUUUCAGUGCCGAUUGUCGAGACCAACGGAUGAAGUUCGACUGCCGCCAAUUCGUCAUCGUUUCGUUCCCUCUGUUGCUGGUGAGAAAAAUAAAUGACACCACUGUUUCGAUAAUGAUUCAAAAAGAUCUUCAUAAGCUUUUAAAAUGAUAACAAAGGGAAUAUUUUCACAUGUGUUUGAAAAACUCCUCCACGCCACAAUUUUGCUCCAUGGAACACUUGAAAUUUCAAAAAAAAAAAAUUUCUUUUCAUUACAAGAUAUUUUUGAAAUGAUAUCAGUGAGAAUAAUGGAAUUUCCAGCAACCUGGGUCACAUAAGUUUCAACAGUAAUUCAUAAAGACUUUCAAAAAUGUUCAAAGCAAUAGGAGAAUCCAUAUUUAUCGGAUAAAAAGAUAUUUUUUUAGAAGAUCCCGAGGAUAAUGGUGUAUUUUUCGAGCGUCUUAAAAUACAUCACUGUUUCAAUGAAUCCGAAAAAUUGUUAUAAAGCUUUGAAGCUGUUGUGUAGUUUUUUUUAAAGAUUUUUCAGAGAUAAUAUUUGUGACAACUUUCAAUUUCAACAUUUCAAAACUACAUCACGGCUUUUAAGAUUCUUCCAAGAGGAUAUUUAGAGGAUAAAAUUUCAAAUUCCAUCUCAAAGUUCAUCACUGUUUCAAUAAUUUAACAAAACUCUCAUAAACCUUUAAAGAUGAUAGGUUUUUGGAAAUGAAAGUUGUUUUGAGAGGAUCAGGGAUGAAAGUUGAAUUUCAGCGUCUUAAUAAAAAUCAAAAAAAUAACUUACAAAAAAACUUUUGCAAGACAAUAUUCAGCGAUUUCAAGACAUUUCUAGUUCAGUAGCUUGAUUUUAAGCAUUCUGAAUCACAUAAGUUUCAACAGUAAUUCAUAAAGACGUUCAUAAAUCUUCAAAGCAAUAGGAGAAUCCAUAUUUAUCGAAUGAAAGAUAUUUUUUUAGAAGAAAUCGGUGAUAAUUUAUAUUUUCAGCGUCCUAAAUUACAUCACUGUUUCAAUAAUAAACCAAAAAAAUUUUCAAAAAAAUUUGUAGCGGUUAGAAAGAUUCCUCGGACAUCAGUAAAGCUCCGGACGUUUCUGAGCCCUUCUAGUGAUCACUUAAGAGCGCUGAGGCUACUAAACUAGUCACUAGAAAUGCUCCGACACGUCCCGUUCGCGUUACCAAGGUCCGAGUCUUCAAAUGCAAUUUUUUUUUUGAAAAGAUAUCUAGGAUAUUGAUGGGAUUUUAAGCGUCAUGAAACACAUCAUUGUUUCAAUAAUUUAAAAAAAUGAUACAAAAACGUUCUAAUUGGUUGAAUAAUUGAUUUUUGAAGGUUUCUGUAUCAUAUGAAGAUUUUUUGAUAGGAUAUCGGGGAUAAAAGUUCAAUUACCAGCAUUUUAAGAUCACUCACAGUUUCAAGAAUAUUCCAAGAAAGUUUUCAUAAACCUAUAAAUCGGUUGAAGACUUUAAUUUAUGGAAAUGGUUCAUCAUUUGAGGUUUGGAGAUAUUUUUGAAAUGAUAUCGGUGAGAAUAAUGGAAUUUCCAGCAACCUGGGUCACAUAAGUUUCAACAGUAAUUCAAAAAGACUUUCAAAAAUGUUCAAAAACAAUAGGAGAAUCCAUAUUUAUCGGAUAAAAGAUAUUUUUUAGAAGAUCCCGAGGAAAAUUGUGUAAUUUUGAGCGUCUUAAAAUACAUCACUGUUUCAAUGAUUCAACAAAAAUUAUAUGAAGCUUCGAAGCUGUUACGUCUUUUUCAUGUUGAAAAUGUUUCUGAGAGAAUUUUUUUCUGAUAAAUUUCAAUUUUAACAUUAGAAAACUACAUCACUGCUUUCAAGAGGGCUUUUAGAGGAUAAAAUUUCAAAUUCCAGCGUCUUAAAAUUCAUCGCUGUUUCAAUAAUUCAAGAAAACUCUCAUAAACCUUUGAAGAUGAUAGGUUUUUGGAAAUGAAGGUUGUUUUGAGAGGAUAUCAGGAAUGAAAGUUGAAUUUCAGCAUCUUAAUAAAAAAAAAAAAAAAAUAACUUACAAAAAAACUUUGCAAGACAAUAUUCAGCGAUUUCAAGAUAUUUUUAGUUUUUAGCAAUAGCUUGAUUUUCAGCAUCCUAAAUCACAUAAGUUUCAAUGAUAAUUUAAAAAGACUUCGAAAAAAGUUCAAAGCAAUAGGAGAAUCCAUAUUUAUCGAAUAAAAUAUAUUUUUGAGAAGAUUCCGAAGAUAAUUUUGAGCGUCUGAUUUCCGCAUCUUAAAGUUCAUCACCGUUUCAAAAAAAAUUCAAGAAAGUUUUCAUGAACCUCUAAAUCGGUUGAAGACUUGAAUUUAUGGAAAUGGUUCAUCAUUUGAGAUUUGGAGAUGUUUUUGAAAUGAUAUCAGUGAGAAUAGUGGAAUUUCCAGCGUCCUGAAUCACAUAUGUUUCAAUGAUAGUUUAAAAAGACUUCGAAAAAAGUUGAAAGCAAUAGGAGAAUCCAUAUUUAUCGGAUAAAAGAUAUUUUCCAGAAGAUUCUGAGGAUAAUUGUGUAACUUUGAGCGUAUUAAAAUACAUCACUGUUUCAAUGAAUCAACAGAAAUUAUAUAAAGCUUCGAAGCUGUUGUGUAUUUUUCGAUUUAAAAAAAUAUUUUUGGAGAGAAUUUUUCGUGACAACUUUAAUUUUUUUAACAUUUUUUUAAAACUAUAUCCCUGUUUCAAUAAUAUUCCAUAUAGUUUCAAAGCUGUCCAAAGUAAUAAGAUAUUGGCAACACAGCUCGAUUUGCAGCUUCUUCGACGCCGCCGAGCUCCGAAUCGGCCUGGGAGAAGAGUAUGCGCGAGGCGCACGAAAUCAUGAAAAAAGCCAAGGAAAAGCGACAGAAAGACCCGGAUUUCGAGCAGAAACGACUUCUCGCCGUCCCUUCCGGGGAACGGGAACGAGGCAGACGGAUGGUGGAUUCGAGUGACGAGGGGUCCAGGGAAAAGUCCGUUUUUGGAUCCAGAAAAUGAGCCCUUUUUAGGGAAAAAUGAAUGAAAAGACGGAAAAUAAAUCAUAAAAAUAAGACUUUUUUAAAGAGCGCAUUUUCUAGGAAACAGCUCGUUUUUUUGGCCUUAGAAAAUGAGCCCUUUUUGGGAAAAAUCGACAAAAAAACAGAAAAUGAAACCCGAAAAAUAAGGUUUUUGAGCGGAUUUUCUAGGGAAAAGCUAGUUUUUGACCUUAAAAAGUGAGUCUUUUUCUGGGGAAAAAAAUCAACAGAAAUAAGAUUUUUUUGAGCGGAUUUUUCUAGGAAACAGCUCGUUUUUUUGGCCAUAGAAAAAGCCAGACUUUUUGAGUUUAGAAGAAAAAAACUAAAAAAAGUAAAAAUCUUUUUGGGCGCAGGUGCUGAAUUUUGAAACAGUUUUUUUUGAAUUUUUGAGCUAAAUUUUUUUAACAAAAAGUUUUUUGGCAGUACCAAUAGGGUUAUUAUUGAAAAAAAGACAAUUAUGGAAAAAUUUAUAAAAAUUUUUUUAUAAAUAAAAUUUUAAAAACUCUCAAAAAAAGGCCUUUUUUUGUGUUUUUCGGACUUCGAACAAUAUAAAUUUGAAAAAUCUUUUUGAAAUGGUUUGGAAAGAUCUUAAGGUACACCUAGAAGCCAAGUUUUAUGAAAAAGUUCAACGGCGGGCUGAAAAAGUUCCCUUUCUAGUUUCAUUUGAAGAGAAAAUUCGAAAAAUUGUCCAGAGUUUGAAAAUUUUUUUACAUUUUUCCUUUCCGAAUUUUUUUUUCCUAUCUAUCAGAUGCAUUUGCGGACGGUUUCCAAAUUUUUGAAGUUUUUUUUUUCAUUAGAUUCGAUAUCAAUUUUACGGCUUUAUCCUUCUGCCAUGUAAAAAACUGGGACCUUUUUUCAAAUUUUUGAAAAAAAAAUAAUGAGUUUUUAUGAAAAAUCACAAAAAAAUUCGCUUCUUCAGACGCCGAAGCCGAUCGAUUUCGCCGAGGGAAGAAAAAGCGAGGAAAUCGAUUCCUUCUUUGCUCGAUUUGCGAACUUCGCCGCCGCCUCCCCGGCCUUAUAAACGUAUUUUGAGACCUUUUUUUGAAUAAAACAGUGAUAAUUCUUUAGCGGUGGCCGAUUUGGGCCCUCAGUGUCGUUAUCCGAUGGGAAGACAAAAUGCGGGAAGAAGGGAACCUCCGAUUCGUGCGAAUGAUCGCCCCAGGGAACGAGAAAGGUUCAUUUUUAGUCAAAAAAGUGUAUUUUUUGAAGUUUUUGGCUCGGAAAGGGUAGGAAAAGCUGAAAAAUAACUGAACUGAAAAACCGACAGAAAAGCUGGGAAAUAAACCAAAAUAAUUGAUUUUCAUAAUAUUUGAUUGGUUUUUUGGGCGAAAAUUAUUUGAAAAAGCAUAGACAAACUCAUUUUUUUCUCACAUUUUGUCGAUUUUUCAUAUAAGUUUUGAGCUUGAAAAAUCGCCAAAAAAAUUUGUAAAAUAAGCUGGAAUAACUGAUUUUAUCACAUUUCAUCAAUUUCAAAGUUAUUUUUUUAGCCUGAAGAACUGACAGAAAAAGCUGAAAAAAAUGAGCCAAAAAUAACUAAUUUUCGUCAGAUUAGGGUCAUUUAAAAAUUAUUUUUGCCCCAAAAAUUAUUGGGAAAGCUGAAAAAAAUAAGCUAAAAAUAAUUAAAUUUCAUCACAUUUGAUUGAUUUCAAAAAUCAUUUUGAGACCGAAAAAUUUGGUAGAAAAAGCUAAAAAAAUGAGCAAAUAUAACUCAUUUCCGUCACAAUUGGUUGAUUAGAAAAAGUUUUCGGCCCGAAAAUUGCCAGGAAAAUCGUUAGAAAAUGGGCAAAAUGAGCCGAGAUGACAUUUUCUUCAGAUUCGCUUGAUUAAAAAAAAAAAUUUCAGCCUGAAAAUCGCCUAAAACCCGAAAAAUUGGCGAAAAGCUGAAAAAUGAGCGAAAAUAACUCAUUUUCAUCACAUUUUUUUAAUUAGAAAAAUGUUUGGCCCGAAAAAAAUGGUUAUACUAACAAAAAUGAGCCGAGAUGAAAUUUACGUCAUAUUCGGUUGAUUAAGAAACAAUUUUUGGCCUAAAAAUGGUUGGGAAAGCUGAAAAAUGAGCAAAAAAAAUAAUUUUCGUUACAUUUGGUUGAUUAAAAUGAGUUUUGGCCCGAAAAACGGUUAUAUAGGUCAUUCCGCGCCAGCUUGUCACGAUUUCCAGUUUAUUUGGAGCUAGAGUAGCCUUUUCGGCGCUUCGCUUCGAUGCUCUCGGUGUGCCCCCUUGCGUGCGCCUUUAAUAAAAAAAUCAUUAUUUCCGAAUUUUAGAAUUUUUCUUAUUUUACAAAAAAACAGUUGUAACAUUAAAUUUUAUAUUAAACUAACCCAAAGAUAAUAUGCAAAAAAGCUCGAACAGUCGGUUUCAUUAAUAAAAAAAUCAAAAAUUAUUAAAUUAAUCUUUUUUUGAUUUUUCUUUUUUUACAAAUCCAGCACAGAAUCUGAGUGUGUAUAGUUGAAGCGAAAAAUGAAAUCAAUCCAUUGAAAAAACCUCGUAAAUUAAUAAAAGAGAUAGCGGAAAUUGAAGCAAUAUCUUGAUCAGAAAUAAUGUUUUAUUAAAGGCGCACGCAGGGGGGAACACCGAGAGCAUCGAAGCGAAGCCCAGAAAGGGGUUCUGUAGCUCCGAGGAAAAUUAAAAUCGUGACAAGCUGGCGCGGAAUGACCUAUAUAAGCUUUUGGCCCAAAAUGGUUGAAAAAGAUGAAAAAUGAGGCAAAAUAAUUUAUUUUCAUCAUGUUUUUCGGAUUUCAAAGUUGUUUUCAGCCUGAAAAAUUGUCAAAAAAGCUGACAAAUGAGCAAAAAAACUCAUUUUCAUCCCAUUUGGCUAAUUGAAAAAAAUUUUGGCCAGAAAAAAAUGGUUAUAUAAGCUGAAAAGGCCGUAAUACCAUUUUAUACAGAUUAGGUUGAUUGAAAAAUCAUUUUUGGCCCAAAAAUGAUCGGGAAAGCUGAAAAAUGAGCCAAAAAAGUUUAUUUUCUUCAUAUUUGACUCAAAAAAUGCGAAAAAUUGCUUGGAAAUUCAGUUGAUCAUUGAUUUUUUUAAGAGAAAGAGAUCGCGGAACGAAUAAUCGACGAUCAUCGCCGUCGCAGUCGCGAAGCUCCAGAACUUGGACGCCGCCUCCCAAAUCCAUGAGGUCCCUUUUUUUGCCUCACAAAUGUGUUUCAGCUGGUUUAUAAAAACAAAAAUAGACGAUGAUGGUGAUUCGAGCACGUGACGUUUUCAAAAAAAAAAUGUAUUUGCAUUUCUUAGGAACGUUUGAGUGGUCCCUAGAGGGUUUAGGGGAAAAAGAGUGUCUACAGGGGACGAAAUAGUGCUCCCUAGAGGGGUAGGUUUUAGGUGGUCCCUAUGGGAUUUUAGGUUCUGACUAAUAAGCUGUUAACUCUUAAGGGGUCCCUAUGGUGUUAUAGUAUCUGACUACUAGGUCCCUAAAGCUUGAGUGGUCCCUAGAGGGGUCUUUCAAACUCUGAUUCUAGUAUGAAAGACGUAUAAGGAUUAUUAGCCAACUACCCUAAAGUUGACACUUUUGCCAGCUUUAGAGCCUUCUAUAGAUGGAGUUAAAGUGGACCCUAUAGGGGUUAGUGGAAAAAACAGUCCCUAUAGGGGACAAAAGUGAGGUCCCUAAAGUGGUAAAGUCUAGGUGGUCCCUAUAGGGACUUGAAAUCUGUAUAUUAUGUCCCUAAAGAUUGAGGGGUCACUAUGGGGGACUUUUGAUUUUUUUUUUCUCUUGUGUUGAUCUCUAAAAGGACGUGUAGAGAUUCCUAGCCAAUUCCCCUAAAGUGGACACUUCUGCAAGCUUUAGCUUUACCUCCACCCCUUCUAUAGGGGGAGGUGAAGUCGGCCCUAGAGGGAGCCUACAAUGACCCUUGGGACUGUCCCUCUAGGGACCCCUCUGUAGUUCUAAAAAUCCGAAUGAGAAUCACGAAAAAUGCCGUAGUUUUCUUACGAAUCUGACUACUACAAAAAUAGGACUAAUAUUUUAUAUAUUAUUUUUGCUGCAGUAGUCUCAUUGCCGACGCCUCGCCAAUCAGCAGCGACUCGGAAGACGACGACUCCGGCUCGUCGUCGACGUCAUCGCGAACGCCGCCGACCAAAAACGCGGCGCCCGCCUCGCCCGUCAUCGAAGACAUCUCCUCUGACGACGACGAUAUCGCGUCGCCGAAAAGGAACGACAGAAGAGUCUGUCUUUCUUCCAAAUCGAAGAAAAAAAAAGAGUUUCAGGCCCGAAAUUCGCCCCAAAUGUGGCCCAAGGACAAGAGACGGAGCGAUAACAGGAAGUAGGUUUUUUUGGAGGGAAAAAAUGUAUUUUUUCGGUUUCAGAAGGGUGAUUUUUUGAAUAAUUUGUAUGAACUUUUCUAUGUGUCAGAAGGUUUUCGGGGUUCAAAACUUUCCAAAAAAUAUUUUUUUUUGCUCAAUUUUCCUGGAAGAUAUUGUUUUUAGUUUUAUGCAUCAUCUAGAAAAGAAGCUUAAUUUUUAUUGUUAGUAGAAAUCUGUAAAUUUUAGCUUUUUGUUGGGAAUAUCGUAGUAAAAACUGUUCAAAAAUCAUUUUUUGGAUCGUGUAGAAGUUUUUUUUAAUUUUCUAUUUCUAUAUUCUUAGAUUUCACGGUUUUAGAGUUGAAAUAUGUAAAAUAAGCCCGAAAUCUGUCAAAAAUAAGGUGGGUUCUUGAAAAUAGGUGAAAAAACAGAUUAUUGAAAAGAAAAAUUAGCAGAAAAAGUGUAUUGAAAUAUCUCGAUUUUUUCUCAAUUUUGAAUUUUCUGACCUUUUCUCGAUUCAAAGUCAUAAAUGUCAUAUUUGAGGUUAACUUUAAGUUUUCAGAACCCCAUCCGUUUCGAGUGAAUCCAAAUCGCCGCCGCGUCGUCGCAACUCGGACCGCGUCAAAAACGAGAGAUCGCCCCCGCGUGGCGACAUCGCCAACUACCGAAUCCCCAAGAGAAACCCGCCGCCCGUUCAGCGAGAUCGCGAACGCGACCGGGCGAGAGGCCGCGAUCGCGGACGCGACAGAGAACGCGACCGAGUCGCGCCGGCCAAGCAGAGCUUCUCCGCAAAAGUCAAGGCGGCGUCGCGGUCCAACAACGGCGAGACGCUGCCCCUGUUCCUCUCCGAAGCCAAUCGACAGCUCCCGGAACGGUCCAGGAAUGACCGGAGACCCGUGGAAAGACGCAGAACGCCUCCGAUGAAGGAGAGGACUCGAGGCGGUCCCGAGAGAGACCGCAGGAAUGACAGAGACGUCAGGUCGCGAGAGAAGGUCGGUCUUGUCUUUGUGGAGUCUUAAGUAGAGGCAGCAAGUCUUUAGAAGUUGUUGUAUACUCCGUAAAUUUUCUGUUUCUCUGCGUCUCUCUGUUCCCUCGUGAUCAAAAACAGGAAAAUAGCACGGAAACAUGAGAGAGCGCAGAGAAAUCCAAAAAAAAAUGAUUGAAGUUUAGACCAUUGCUCUUGAAUUUCCACUUAUUUUCUAUCUUUAUGAACGCCAGAGUGGUCCCUUAAGAGCCCCCUCUAGAGACCACUUACCUAGCCCUAUAGGGGGCGCUUCAGGGGUGUUAUAGUGGCUACUUUAGGGGUGCAUGUUGGUCUCUAUUAUAACUUUAAAUUGAAAAAAAAAGUUGAAAUUUCCCUAUAGUGACCACUCAAGGUUAGGGCUUAGGUAGAACUCUAAAUUCAUUCAGGGACCCUCUAGGGAUCACUCUGCAGGAUUUUUUUGGCCAAAGUAAUGAUUUUUCCUGCGACAGGGAAGUUUUAGAAGAUUCCGUUUUUUUUUAAAUUUUCUGUUUUUUUUCCAGUUAGAUAGAUUGAGGGAUAUUAAUCUAAAAUGCCAAGUUUAAGUGAGGUUUUUCUAGAAAUAGAAGCCCCUUGGUACUGCUCGGAAACUUCGGAAACUUUAGAACUUCAAGAAAUCCCAUUCAAAAGAAUAUAUUUUUCCAGGCGCGACCAGUACCCCGCGAGAUAUCCUCUGACAGCGAAGGAGAGUCCAGGAACAAGCGAAGAUCCAAGUCUUCAUCUCAACCAGCUCCUCACGUCGAACGGAUCAGCGACUCCGACAGUGGAGAGCGAAGAGAACGUCGUUUCUCGUCCGUUUCCUCGGUCUCCUCCAGCGACGGCGACUCUUCCGGCUCUUCCUCGGGUUCCUCGGCGAAUUCCUCCCGCUCCAACUCUCCUGGACUCCCCGCCAAGUACCGCAUGACGACCGAACAACAAGCCGUCAGUUCGGACGAAGCCGAGCCGAUCGACGACCGCGUGGAAACGUCCAGCAGCCGGGGAUCUUCUCCCGAACCAGCUCCUGCGUACGUUUUUAUAUGUAGAAAAAAUUAUAGUCAAAGUUUUGAAUGGAAAUAGGGCAAGUAUAGAAAAUAGAAAGAAAAAUUGAGCCCAAAUUUAAAUGUAAGUAGGCUUAGGGCCAUAACUGGGCAAUUACAGGGCUGAAGAAGUUCAGUAGUCGAGUAUAUACUCCCGAACCUGUCUCCUUUGGAAGGAAGUAGGGUUUGGGCCAUACUUGGGCAGUUACAGGGCUUUAUUAGGUCAGUAUUUGUAGAUCUACUCCCGAAAAUGUCCCUCGGUUAGGUUUUAUCAUGAAAUCUGUAGCCUAAUUUUUCGUUUUAUCAUGGAAACUGUAGCCCUGAUUUGAAAGGAAAGUAAUGUUUGGGUCGUACCUGGGCAAUAACAGGGCUCAAUUAGUUCAGUAGUCUUCUCCCGAGAAUGCCCUUGGUUUAGUUUUGUCGUGAAAUCUCUAGCCCAAUAUUUGAACGGAAGUAGAAUUUUUGCCGUGCCUGGGCAAUUAAAGGGCUAACUUAGUUCAGUAGUAGAGGAACUUCUCCCGAAAAUGUCCCUGUGUUCGGUUUUAUCAUAGAGACUGUAGCCCUAAUUUUUGAAUGGAAGUUGGCUUUGGGUUAUACCUGGGCAAUAACAGUGCUCAAUUAGGUCAGUAGUGGAUGAUUUUAUCCCGAAAAUGUCCCUUUGUUCGGUUUUAUCAUGAAAACUGUAGCCCUAAAAAGUAGAAUUUGGGCCAUACUUGGGCAAUAACAGGGCUCAAUUCGGUCACAGUGGAGGAUCUUCUCCCGGAAAUGUCCUCGGUUAGGUUUUAUCAUGGAAUAUGUAGCCCAAAUUUUGAAUGGAAGUAGGCUUUGGGCCAUACACGGGCAAUUAAAGGGCUCAAUUAGUUCAGUGGACCCGGUUUUCUCCCGGAAGCGUCCCUGACUUCGGUUCUGUUCUGGAAAAAAAACUGUGGCCCAAAUUUUGAAGUAGCCUCUGAGCCUUACUUGGGCAAUUACAGGGCUCAAUUAGGUCAGUAGUGGAUGAUUUUAUCCCGAAAAUGUCCCUUUGUUCGGUUUUAUCAUGAAAACUGUAGCCCUAAUGAUGAAUGGAAGUAGGCUUUGGGACAUAUUUGGGCAGUAAAAGGGCUCAAUUAGUUUAGUAGUCGAGAAUUUUUUUUCCGAAUUUGUCCCGGGGUCCGGUUUUAUCAUGAAAUCUCUUGCCUGAGAGGCUUUGGGCCAUAACUGGGCAAUAACAGGGCUCAAUCAUAUCAGUAGUGGAGGAUCAUCUCCCGAACCUGUCCCGGGGCUCGCAGUUUUCGAAUUGAAGUUUUUUUUUUGCAGUUCUCCACAAGCGAUAUCGUCGAGUUCAGAGGACGUCAGCGGCGAGGAAUCGAAAUCUAGAAGGUUCUUGGAAAAAAUACAGGGAAAAAUACGGAGAAAAAUCCAUUUUAGUAACAAUAAAAGGAAGAAAUCUCCAGUAUCGCCUCCGCCCUCGAAACGCCCGCGGGAAUCGUCGGCCCGUCGAGUUUCUCCAGCCCCUCCGCCACCUCCUCCACCUCCGCCGCCCAUGUCACCGCCUUCCGAAUCCAAGGAACCGGCUCCCAAAAAAAGUACGAACUUCAUCAAUUUCAGAGAAAAGUUAACAGUUUUUUGUAGGCUUUUUGAUUGAAAAUUGGAAAAAAGGGCUUUUUUUGAAUUUCCUAGCGAUAAGAUGAUCGUUCUUCUGAGAAGUUUUGGCUCUGAGAAUUUGAAAUUCUAUAAAAUUACAAAAAAAGCCCUCAAAAAAAUGUUUUUUUUAUCAUGAAAAAAAUGAACAAAAAAACCAAUUUUAAUGUUUUUUUGAGCUUGAUUAUCCGUGGAGCGACCUUGCUUUAUUUCCUACCUUUCGAAAAAAUGUAUUUCCCCAAGUAAAUUUCUUACUAAGAGUUUUCAGAAUCAAACCGAAAGCAGCAAAUCUUGGAAAAACUCCGCGAGGUUGACGCUCUCCUCCAGAAGAACCGCAACGCGACCGCGACGCAUUGA